CAGAAUAUUAUAAAGCUCGAGUGAAGUGAAGUUAGCAGUCCUGCUUUAUCGUGGAACAUCGUCUGAACAUUUUUCAUUGAAGAUAACUCCAGAGCAAAUCGAGAUGAGAAAAAGGACACCGGACGAUUGCUUUUCAGAUGGAAGUUAAUAAAAGCAAACACCAAAGUUAAGAAUGUGCUGAAGAAAGGAGAGAGAAAAUCAUGGCUGACGAACUCCAGCCUUCACCCAAUGAUUGGUCUGAAUCCCAAGUGAGCACCUGGCUUAGAUCCCUUGGAGUGAAGGAGCCGUACAUAGAAAAGCUCUAUGAGGAAGAAGUAAAUGGACAAAUCCUUCUUACACUGGAUGAGGACUUUUUAAAGACAAAAAUUUGCAUGAAGUUAGGGCCUGCUCAUUUGAUAAUUCAAAAGAGAGAUGAACUCAUCAACUCAAAGAAAAAACCUCAAGAGAAGAGAAAGCCAAACCCUGGAAAAAACACAGAAGACAAGCAAAACAUAAAUCAAAAAUCAUUUCAAGGUCAUCCAGCACAGACUUCGGAAAGAAAUAAAGAGGUCGGGGUCGAGAGACAAACUGCUCAAGAACAAUGUGUCUUGACUUCAAAGGAAGACUGCAGGCCAAGGCCAUUCGAUCAAGACGAGAUUGAUUUCAUAUAUGUCAAGCACAGAGUCCUGCAACCUGAAUCAGGUGCUUUUAAUCUGACAUCUCCAUGCCAUGAAUUUAAGUCUUUUUCUGUAGCUUCUGCAUUGGAUCGCACAAGACUACAAGCUAAGUUUGCCAAAGAGGUCAUUAAAUUUGCAGUUGGCUGUAUGAAUAUCAGAUCCAGUGGCGGGCCGUGCAUUUCACACCUAGGCCUUCAGUGAUGUCCUACACAGUCCUACCUGAAUUAUUCCACCUCUUAAUACCAUCAUUAUGACGCCAUGGCUCUACAAACUAUACAUUUAGACAGAAACGCAGUAUAACCGGGCGUUGCAUCACCUUAACAUAGUCAAGUACAACAGAGUUAUAUUAAUAUUUCUGAAGCAUUUAUAAUGAAUACAUCAGCAUAUUUACAGUUAACUUAAUUAAUCAGAUUAUCUGACAAACCGCUCCUUGACACCUGUGUCCGUCACAUAACGCAGGACAAGUGCCAGCUGUGCUACAUUACCCACAUCUGACGUCUCGUCCACCAUAACAGCGACAAAGGGUGCUUUUUUAAUCUUCAUUUUGAUCUCUUCUCCCAUCACUUCAGCAAUAGCAUAAAUCAGGUCGUUUUGUAUUUUGCCUGAAGUCCCAGUAAACAUGUUGUUUGUGUACAGGUGGUAAUGCAAAUCUGUGUUGUUCUCAGCACGAAAAGAAAGAAGCUCCACGUAGUUUCCUCUGUUUCUGGACUCGGCGCUUUCAUCGUGUCCCCUAAAUGAAAGUUCCUGUUUACCCAAAAACAGGACACAAUCAAUCAGUCUUUCAAUAUUUCCCUAUUUUUGUUCACCCUUUCGUUGUGGAGCUCCGUUUCCCUGGGCACUUGUUCGUUGAGCUGUAGAUCCACUCGGGUGUCCCCAAAGCUUUACAAAAGCACCAGUGCUUCCAAGUGCCCAGCUGUGCUUUGGUGUCUCGCUGCUGCCUUGGUUAGACAACUCAAGUUUGCAAAUUUAGUGUGGCUCCAAACACCAAAUCGAUCAGUUGCAAAUACCAGGCAUUCCCGGCAGUACAAUUUGCAGUGCCUCUCGGAGGCUGUGAGCCAGGGGUACCGCUCGUAGUUUCCCUGCUGUGCUAGGCUCGCUAGCGUUGGAGUUGGUCGUUCCCUUUUCAAGAUGUGUAGCUUUACUUGAAAAGUUCGUUUUGAAAAUGGCGUUGUAAUUAUAUCUUCUACCAAAUUGAUCUCUUGUCCUCCUUCAGCCAUUGUGGGUUGAAAAAAAUAGCUUGUAGAAAUCUACACAAAUUAGCUCGCUCAAGUUCUAAUUCUGUUUGCUAGCUUUGCCCAUAGACUGUAUGGCUCUGCCUACUGCCUAGCUCUGCCUCUCAAUAGUGCGUAUCCAAUCAGAAGAUGUGCACGUGCUAACGUUAGCAUACGCCUGCUAGCUGGCCCGUUGUCGCCACCUCGAAAUCUGAUUGGUUAACGCCACAGUUUUGUUUGCGUUCACUUUAAGCUUACAGCCGCCCGCACUGUUGAUUCUGAAGGCCUAAGGGCAGAUUUCUUUGACCCUAGCAACACAUUAUGGCUGAAAUAUGAUUGGAUAAAAGCUCUAACAUAAAGGCCAGCCCUCCAAAUCUCGUUCUGAGGCUGGAAGCAGCGCAGCCAAGACGAACGCUAUAAAAUGAAGAGAAUAGACUAUGGGGAAUAAUUUAAUACGUAUUUGUGGAAAAAAUAUAUCAAAAUUUAAUUUAUAUUCUGAUGAUGUUUAGGCCAGCAGAGAAGGCCUUGCUGGCCCUGACGGCCCACCACUGAUCAGAUCAAAUGGCACCAUACACUUUGGUGUAAUGGAUAGCAAGGCUGAUGCUGGAUACGUGCAUGGUGAAAUAGUUGGUAUUACUGUA